AUGGCGAACGCAGGCGAUCAAGAAUUUGUCUUCAACGCUGUGGGUGACUUCACCUGCGCCGUGCACUCGAAAAACCACAAGAAGUGCGAGCGUAUUGUUUUGCAAGCCCAGGAACGGGGGCUCCGCGGCGCCUUUUUUGAGGCUGUCAAUCACGAUCCCGAUGUCGUCUUCAAGGCCGCCCAGGCCGGCGAACCCGCCACUCUUGAUCUCCUCCACCGCAACAACGUCUCAUUUGAACGCACCGACUCGGAUGGGAACACAGCUCUGCAUCGCGCCGCUGAAAUGGGCCACCUGCCCGUCGUCAUGGCCUUGGUCAAACACAGCGCCAACCUUGGCCUCCUCAACAACAAGGGCCAAACCCCGUUGCAGCGAGCGAAAAAAAAGAAUAAGCGCGACGUCGUACGCUACCUCUCCACCUGCAGCGAUGUUCUCGAGGAGGACAGCUUCGUGACUCGCUCCAGCCUCACAUGGAGUCGCUCUAGCACACCGUUCACCAUGGCGAGCGUACCUAGCAUGUCGCACCGUGAUGCGUCCACCGGAAUCUGUCGGAAUUCCUCGAGCAACGGCCGCCCCAGCGGGUUUGCUUACAAAUCGGACGAGGGACUCAAUGGGCAAUCGGUCGCUUCAUCGGAGCUGGAUGCUACUGAAGCAGCCUCAGACGCAGCCACAUCGGACGUCAUGGACAAGGAACUCCUUGACAAACUCAGCCGCGAGCGCGAAGAACACCGCAACACCAAGCGUGUCCUCUCCAGCACCCUCCAACACGUGAACGAACUCGAAGAAGAGGCGGAACAGGCCGCCAAGGAGAAGGCGGCCUCGGACAGCAAGCUGGCAACGCUCACAAGCAAACUCAUUGAGAUUUCCAUGAUGAGCGCUGGCCCUUCAGCCUGGCAAGCGCUGCGCCGCUUGCUCGAAGUGCCGGCCGAUCAAUUGGGCCGCCUGACGAGCGUGCGUUCGAGCUUGGACGGUACCCUGUGGAGCUCACGCUGGCGUGGUUGCCCCAUUUGGAUCAAAGACACGGGUAUCCCCGAGGCAACGCUCGAACGAGCCUCGGACGACGUCAUCGCCCAUCUUCAACAGGUCCUUUUGGUCCGCCACCCUCGCGUCCUCAGCGUCAUGGGCUUUUGUCUUCUGGAGAUGCACGGCACUUCCACGCUAGCCCUCAUCUUGGAACGUGCCCCCUGCGAAACCUUUCGCACCACUCUCACCUCGACCGCAGCCGCCGAGCGCCUCCUGGUCGAUCUGUCUGGGGAUGGUAGUCGCAUCCGUGUCAUGGAAGACCUGGCGGCCGCCCUACAAUUCUUUCAUAUCAUCGACGUGCCUUUUUAUCGUGUCCAUGCCCUUAGCAUCUGGUUCUGGCCCGAUGGCCACGUCAAGAUCCUGCCGCCGUUGCAUGCCCUGCUCCAGCGCUUGGACGUGCCCUCCUCGGCUAGCAACAGCCGGCGCGCCAGUGCCAACAACCUUUUCAAGUCAAGCAAUGCUGAAGUCGCACGCCCCGAGUAUGCAUUGGCACGCGACGUUCACCAGCUUGGCCUUCUCUUUCUCAUGUUAUGGACUGAACAGCCCCAUUCCGACCACACCAACAGCAACAAUGUCCUCCUCGGCGCUGUCCUCGAGGAUGAAGAUGAUGAAGGAGGCGACAGCGGUGAGGAUGAGGUGAACGGGAAUACCUCCCUGUACAAUCAAAGCUCUACCUCCAGCUCAGCAAGUCGUCACGAGGAGGCGUGUCGCCGGGUGUCCAACCCGAACGCGCGGCUUCUGAUCUCAAUCAUGCUCAACGACAAUCCGGCGUGCCGCCCAAGCAUGCAGUCCGUCUUACAUGUUUUGGCGGCCUUGCGCACACAGCGCGGCUCGCUCAUGACCGUGGAUCAGGUCAAGUCCUUCUUGAACGGCCCGCAUGAUGCCGACUGGAAGCCGCCGCUGGAUCUCCAACCAUUGAGCGACGAUCCUUGGUUUCACACGCAAAUCAAGUGCCUUCCCAUGGACUCGAGCGAGGAAGCCAUUCGUCUGUUCAAGCUGCGCACGGACCAUCUUUCGGCUGAAGUCGUGCGUGCCACCCUCCUCCUCAAGCCCGAUGCGGAGGUCGGCUUCUUCGGCCAGAUCCUGCACGAGGCAGCCAAGAUGCGGUAUGGCAAUCGCUGUCAACCAGAGCUGUCCACGCAAGGGCAGGCAUUGAUAGACCGUUUUUAUCGUGAAGCACGGCUGCUCGAGCGCUGUGCUUCUGCUCGUGAUAUCGCCUGUGUUCGGGUCUUCAUGCCCUUUGCGUCGGUCAAAGCAGCCAACAAGGUGUUGCUUGGCGAGCUCACACGCACCAACUCCCUGCGGAGCUCGGACAGCUCAGACGCCGUGCCCGGUGCCUUGUUCUUUUUGGAAGAGCGGGCAGCAGUCAAUGCGAGCCUGGGUCUUUCUCAGUCCAACUCAGCCACGCUCUUGGUGUGCGAUGCCAUUGUGAGCAACCUGUGCGUCACCUCCACGGCCAACUCAUUUGAUCCCGUCGUCACGACGCACCAAGACGAUCUGCGAUUGUUAGUGCGCCAGGAGAGCCAUGUCCUGCCCCGAGCUCUGAUUGCGAUUGAUUUUAGUAGUUUGGUCUGA